UUUUGUGGAGAUACUGAGAGCUUGGCUGCGAGGGGGAGAAAAGGCACUCGUGCAUGAGGUUAUCAGCAAGACUUCUGAUUAUGAGAAGAAAUGCUCAGACUUCUGAAGAUGUGUUUCUUAUUGAUAUUAAUGAAUCCUGCUGAGAUUACUCACAGUCAGAAUUCUGAAGAUUUGCCUCCACUAUUACACAAAGCUGCGGAGGAAGUAGUGACUGGGAAAUACCUAAAUGCUCUCCUCGAUGUUCUUCAUUUUCAGAGUUCUAAUGUAUGGACAGCAGAUAUGGUUACAAAAGUCAUGGCAUAUUUCCAUGCCCGAGAGGUUAAGUUUACUCUUCGCAGCCUACAGACGUCCAUACAGAGUUACUUGAAGAACCUUUUAUACCAGCCCAGGCAGCUGCUGUCUGCAUUUCAACAACUUGAUCAACAGCAGUUCCAGACUGCAAUGAAGUAUCUUUUCAACAGCAGAAAGGACUAUCUUGAAAUUGGAAAUGUUAUCCUUGAUUGGGAAAAGACUCGGGAGAGAAUUUUCCAAAUUCCAGGAGUGAACAGAACCUUGUUUCUUAUAACACUGGAGAAAUGCUUUCUGGCUCUGAGGGCUAUGGACUGUGUAGAUAUCCUAAGCCAAAUUUUGCGAAUGUCAGCAGUGAAUUAUCUCCAACCUGAUGUCGUUGGGAGUCUCCCAAAUGAUUUGCAGGAAGAUGCUUUCAGAAACUUAUCAACUGUAUUUAAGGACCUCUAUGACAAAACCUCAGCAAAUACACAGAAAGCUCUGUAUGGCUGGAUGAAGGAGAUUCUACAAAAACCCUAUAACAGAAGUGAUUUCAAUGAAUCAGCUUCAUGGGUCAGUGCAGAAAACUUAUGGAUUUUAGGAAGAUACAUGGUCCAUCUGCCUUUGGAAGAAAUUCUGAAAAUUAGUCUCAGUGAAAUAAGACUAUUCAUUAGCUACGACAAUGCAACAAAGCAGUUGGACACAGUGUAUGAUAUCACACCAGAGCUUGCACAAGCCUUCCUGGACAGAAUAAACUCAUCGGGAUUUGAUGUGAGAAACACUUCAACUGUCUACAGGCUAGGUUUGUUGGUUUGCUUUUAUGAUGACAUGGAACAGAUGGAUGCCGCUGUGGCCCGGGCUUUACUUCAUCAGAUGAUUAAAUGCAAUCAAUUAAAAGGUUUCCAGGCCAAGGUUCAGAAGCUUAAAUCUCAGCUCCUGAAUAUUGCCAUGCAGAACCAGACAUUGAACGAUACCCUUGGAUCGCUGUCAGAUGCUGUGGUUGGGCUGACUUCAGGCCAGCUGGAAUCUUUGUCACCUGAAGCAGUGCAUAAUGCUAUUGCAACACUAAACCAAGUCUCUGGGUGGGCAAGAAGUCAAAUUAUGAUUUUAUCCAGUAAAUAUCUCUCUUACGGAAAGGUUUUAUCAUUUUAUAAUGUUAGCCAAAUGGGUGCACUGGUGACUGGUAUUAGCACUGAGUCAUUCUACAGAAUGAACCCAAAAGAGCUUUCUCAGGUCAUUCGAGGCACGACAUCCCAGUACUCAUCAGACUUAUCUCCUGCACAGCAGCAGGGGAUCCUCAGGAAGAUAGCUUCAUCUACAGAUUUUUCUUCACUGGUCACAGAUAUACAAGGAGCUUUCUUUAGAGAAAUAUCUCUUUCUGAUUUAUGGAAGGAGAAUGGAUAUAAUUCUUCAAUGAUGAAAGAAAAAGAGCUAAGAAGCAGCCAGGCCUUGUAUCUGUAUGAGUUACUGUCUAAGAAAAGUUCUUCUGUUGACCUCCUAAGUACAGGACAGCUUCUGAAAGGAGUGACUUGUCAGCUGAUUGAAAGUAUGGGCACAGACUCUUUUUUAAACCAUUUUGAAGUCUUUGAAAAUAAUCUUCAUCUGCUUUCCCCAUAUCAGGUUAAUUGUUUGGCUUGGAAGUUUUGGAAAGUCUCCAACGCAUCUAUUCCUCCCUUCUUCUUCUUGGUGCUUCCGAUUGAGUACCUGGAGUACAUUUCAGGCCCUCUGUGUGUCCCAUUCAUUGAAAGCCUUGGGAAGACUGAGAUGGACCUCUUGAGUCCAGGCUUUCACAAAAAAGAAGCUGUGCUGCAGAAAGUGCAGGAAUGCUUGAAUGGCUCCAUUGCUGAUGAAUAUGAUGUUGACCUACUUGGAAAUCUAAUCUGCCACUUACCUCCAGCUUUCCUGCAUGGCAGAAUGUCCCUGAAGGCAAUGGCAACAGCCCUUCAUCAAUUCAAACUCUGCCGACAGCUCAGCCACGAACAGAAAACUGAAAUUAAAUACAAGCUCCUCGAGUUAUAUGGCUCUCCAAAGAACUGGACAGCUGAAACGACAUCAGAUGUUGGACCAUUCAUAGCUCAGUUGUCAAAAGGAGAACUAAAUGUCCUUGCUGAAAAGUUUCCAGAUAUCGUUUUGCGAAUAGCAAAGACAAUUGGGCCACUUUCUUCAGCUGAAGAGCUUCUGUCAACUGUAUUUGAAUCUGUCUUCAAUGCCACUGCCAACAUGGAACCACAUCUCAGCACACCAGAUUGCCUGGGAACCAGAGCCCCUUCUUCAGAUGAAAUUAUUAAGUUAGCAGAAGCAAAUGUCUAUUGGUCAGCUCAGGAGCUGAAAUGCAUGGAUGCAGGGACUUUUGACAAAAAUGUGGAACUUCUUGGGACUGUCUCUGGUUUUAACAACUCCCAACUUACGGCCUUGAAGGAAAAAGCCAAGCAGGUCUGGGGGUCGCUGCUAGGCUGGAAGAGCUACCAUAUUGUUUCUCUGGGGCGUAUAGCACUGGCACUCACUGAAAAUGAAAUUGAAGAGCUAGAUUUACAUUCAAUUGACACCAUUUCUGUCCUCAGUCAACAAGCAGAAUGGACUCUUGCCCAGGCAAGAUCUAUUUUGCAAAGUUUUCUAGAAGAUUCUGGGCAAACAAUGAGUACACUAAAAAGCUUUGAUUUAGUUGGAUUGGGAGCUAUUCUCUGUGCUCUGAACUCCACCGAAAUCAUGUCCAUAAGGACUGCUGAAUUCAGUGCUGCUGUCGCAAGAAUUGGCCUCUUGCUGUGUAGCACCCCUGUUCUGAGGCAGUUUAAGAAGAUAACAGAGUCUGUGUUUGGAACUGCGACCAGCUGGAAUGGCUCUGUGUUACAGGAAAUUGGUACUAUAGCAGGUGGUUUGAAUGAGGAUGAAUUAAAAGCUUUUGAUAAAAACCUGAUGCCAUAUUUGCAGCCAAUAGCAGUAAGAAGUAUACCUGCUGAAAUUUUCCAAGCAUUGUCACCAAAACAAAUAGCAAACCUGGGCCCUGAAAAUGCUGCUAUGGUUACAGAAUCACAGCGUGAGCAUCUGAGUGCAUCACAGCUCCAGAGCCUUCAGCUAGCACUGGAUGGAGCCAGGACCAACAGCCCCGAGGCACCCACCACGGCUUGCAUACUGCUGUCGAGGCGACCCCCAGCUCCAGGUGGUGCUCCCCGUCUGAGCAGCUUCAGCAUCUGGUUGUGUGCUUUGUUCACACUUGCACGUGCCUUUCUGAAUCCAUGAGUGUUAAGCUUAUGUGUUCUGGAGAUUACGAAAAGGAGGUGCUGAAGAUCUGCAGCUUAGCACAAAGAGCAGAAUGAAGAGGCGCUCAGAUGCCUGAGUGCAACCUGGCUAAUUUCUUAAAAGCAACACCUUCAUCUGGCAUCAUGAUGUGAAGUAUCUCCUUUGCUUUACCAUUAACAAGUAAGAUGGAAUCCCUCCAAAUACUUCAGAACAAAUUUCAAAAUUGCAAAUGCCUUAUAUGUGUCAUGAGAAAGUUACUGGAAGAUAAGCGUAUAUGUUAGAGAGGAGCCUGAAUGACACAGAGGAUGGGCAGCUGAUGUAUUUUAUCCCAGUCCUUUUUAUUCUGGUUUAUUUGGUCAUGCUAUUUCAAUCCAUCUGUUGCAUUUUGUUCCUAUAGUUUGUAGCCUCAGGACAGAGGCUCUUUCUGUGUGGCAAAUUAGAAGCCACGCUAAAAGCUACUGCUGUUGCAAUAAAAUAAUUUCAUUUCUGGGCCAGUAGUUUAAAUCCUGCUCAGCUAAGAAGUAGUCCUGUGAUCUUAUUUAAGCAUUUUUAAUAAAUGUAUUCCCCACAGCUACAUGUAUACAACACAGGAUUGUUACCACAGAGGGCAGUGCAAUACUGUUUGUAUUUGAUGUGACAAAAUGCACCAUGGAAAGCUUAUUAUUUUUAUCACAAGAUGACCCUACAGUUUGGUCAGGGUUGAAGGAUACAGCUAGAAACUAUAGGAGAAAACUGUUCACUGGGACUGUGUACUACUAGGACUGUCAAUCCAGCACUUUCCACAAGGUUUGUAAUAAUUUAUCAUAACUAUGAAUCACAUAUAGUUGUAUGUCUAAUGCCUUUCAUGUCAGAUAGAAGUAUUUUAAACUAUGGAAAAACAGAUAAAUUAAAAAUUCGCUGCAUGUAAAUAGACAUCGUUGUGUUCGUCAGCAUGGUUUUAUGCCAAGAAUUCAUGGUACCAUCUUCCAUUUUGCCAUUGCAAAAGUCCUUAUUCUGGAAUUGAAGAAAGGCAUUGAUCACUCUUAAAAGUUCAGCUUCUCCAUUUAGGGCUGCGCUGUAGUAAAUGUCUUUCAGACUUGUAUUUGAAUUUCUUUAUGGCAAACAUCAAAUCUAGCUUCUUUGCACUGAAAGCAGAUUUGAAAAGUUGCUACAGCUGGGGAAGUGAUAAGAAUAAGGCAGGAGAGAAGCAGCUGCAGCUUCUUGCUGGGGGAGGGUGAGCUUUUGCUGUUGCUGGGAGUAACAGCUCCCACCACAGGCCCAGGUGGUCUGUGACUCCUGCAGCAGCAACAGGAGCCAACCUGAUUUUCAAGACUGUUAUUGGCAAAGGAAGCAGUGAGAGCACUGCCAUUUUUCAC